AUGCUGUCGGGCAUCUUGGUGUUCAACCAAAAGGGCGAGAACCUCAUCUUUCGCGCCUUCCGUAGCGACUGUCGCCCCCGUCUGGCUGACAUCUUUCGAAUUCAAGUCAUCGCGAACCCGCAAGUCCGCUCCCCCAUCUUGACUCUGGGCUCGACCACCUUCAGCCAUGUCAAGCAUGAGAACAUCUACCUGGUCGCUGUGACGAAGAGCAAUGCCAAUGCUGCGCUGGUCUUUGAGUUCCUCUUCCGUCUGGUCGUCCUGGGUCGAAGUUAUUUUGGCAAGUUUGACGAGGAAGCUGUGAAGAACAAUUUCGUGUUGAUUUAUGAAUUGUUGGAUGAGAUUCUUGACUUUGGCUACCCGCAAAACACCGAGACCGAUACAUUGAAAAUGUACAUCACAACAGAAGGAGUCAAGUCCGACAUUGCCAACUCUCCCUCGGAUUCUAGUCGCAUCACUCAGCAAGCCACCGGCGCUCUUUCCUGGCGCCGAUCCGAUAUCAAGUACCGCAAGAACGAAGCCUUUGUGGACGUGAUCGAAGAUGUCAACUUACUCAUGUCUGCCACUGGCACAAUCUUGCGUGCUGAUGUGAAUGGUCAAAUUGUCAUGCGAGCAUAUCUUUCCGGUACCCCUGAAUGCAAAUUCGGUCUGAACGAUCGCCUCCUUCUCGAUCCCACUACGUCUGGCGCAAAUGGUGGGCGAAGCGGCGGUGGUAGUGGCUCCGGUGGCGGUUCGGGUAAUAAGCAUUCCACGCGGGCAGCAGCGGGCUCUGUCACCCUGGAAGAUUGCCAAUUCCACCAGUGUGUGAAGCUGGGACGAUUCGAUGCGGAUCGUAUCAUCUCGUUCGUGCCGCCGGACGGAGAGUUCGAGUUGAUGCGAUACCGCGCGACGGAGAAUGUUAACCUGCCGUUCAAAGUGCACCCGAUUGUUCGAGAGAUCGGCACCACCAAAGUGGAAUAUAGUGUGGCGAUCAAAGCCAACUACAGUUCGAAACUGUUUGCGACUAAUGUGAUUGUCCGCAUUCCGACCCCGCUGAACACGGCCAAGACCACCGAGCGCACGAGUCAGGGUCGCGCCAAGUAUGAGCCAGAGCAGAACAACAUCGUGUGGAAGAUCCCACGCUUUUCGGGCCAAAGUGAAUACGUCCUCAACGCCGAGGCGACGCUUUCAGCAACGACGCAUCAGAAGGCCUGGAGUCGACCUCCAAUCAGCCUUAAUUUUAGUAUUCUCAUGUUCACCUCGUCUGGCUUGCUGGUGCGAUAUCUGAAGGUGUUUGAGAAGAGUAACUACAGUUCCGUCAAGUGGGUACGAUACAUGACCCGAGCGGGUAGUUACGAGAUUCGGUAA